AUGACCCACAAGGUUGUAGAUGGAGUCGACUUUGGUUACCUUGGCCCCGAUUAUAUGCGUUUUCAAUUGCAAAAUCAAGGUUUCCCCGUUGAUCAAAACAUGUUCUCUCAUGAUCAUAUGGCAGAUGGUGGCUCCCAUGAUGACAAUAUGAUUUCUCAAAAUUCAAUGCAUGAUGGAGGCUCCCCCAUCGACGGCGAUAUGCUCCACCACAAUCAAAUGCACGAUAGUGGCUCCCACGAUGACGGCUCCCACGAUGACAGCAACACGGUUUCUCAAAAUCAAAUGAACAAUAGAGAGUAUGCGAUCGACGACGAUUUCGAGAUGGCUGACGCACCAACUAUGGAUGGUACCGUCCCUGCCGAUGGCACAUUUUCUUCACACGAAGAAAACAACGCAUAUACAGCUGACAACGACAUCGAAAUGUCAGAUGAAGAUAUGAUGGAUGAUGUCAUCUCUGCCGAUAACGCUAUUUCUCCUCAAGGAGAAGAUGGAGAGAACAAAGUCGACGAUGAUGCCGAUGACAAUGCGAUCAAUGCUGCUCCUGUUCCCAAUGGUCACAGCACUCAGUAUCGCAUUAUGUUUUCAGAUUUCAACCCUCCUCCCGCUGUCCCAAUCGAUCCAAGCCAAAGAAGUCCAUUCCAUGCCGCUCCUCUCGAGAUCAAACAUAUGAUCUACGAGUUCUUUUUACCGGGACCAAGAACGGUCAAUUUUGAUUUAAUCCAAUCAAAGAGUUCCGGUCGCCGACAGGAGUAUAGAUUUAUUACAAUCCCAGCUAUCUUUCGAGUAAAUGGAGACAGUCUAGCAUACUGGAACAUAAAGUACGUUACUAUCAACAAGCCUCAGUGCGACGCGAUGAUUAGGUUCUACGGCACUCGCAACCCGAAGCCCUUGAUCUUCAACCCUAAGAUCGACACUGCGUCGAUUACCUUUCUCAAUAAAAUGCCAGCCUGGGGAUACAACGAAACUAAAGAAUGGUUGCGACAUGUCCAGGGUUUAUUGCCCAAUGGAUUUGCCUGUGUCAGAUUUUUAGAUAUUCGCGAAGUCUCCACUAAAGGUACUAAUCUUGAUGAUUCUGAUUUGCAAGCAUGUUUCUUUCGCGCGCCAGUUUUGAAUGACGACUUCUGGACAUGGUUUAGAGGGCUAGAGAAACUUUACUUCACAGCAUCCAAGUCGGGUAACCAGUGGAAGCGAAUGUUAAAGGAACCUGAAUUUGCAAAAUUCAAGGACUUUGUUCUCUCAUAUCGUGCCUCGGGUGUUGCUUUGGGUAUACAGAAUCCAAUUCCAGCCAAUAACGUGGUGGUUAGGUCUUUUGUUCCAGCUUGA